AUGGAACCGCCAUAUUUAUGUGAUAAUUUUAAUCGGAGGCAGUUUGUAGCAUUGUCACUUAUCUUCAUGUUUGUUGCUCUUCUGUCUUUGCGUCUUGACGAUUUUAUCUGCUGGCACUAUUGGGUAGUGUUUUGUCCGCUGUGGCUUUGGGAGUUCGUUGUAUUUGGUGGUUUUCUUCUUGAAAUUUUUGCAUUUUGUCGGAGUCAGCAUUGCUACGUUGAAACGCAAUCGCAUUUUAAAAGUGCGUUCUUUGACGCAUUCUUCCAUACUAAUCUUUUAUUUUUUGAAGUGUUGGCUUGCAACAGGCUGGAGAACGCCCAUCAUAGCUGGGUUUCUGCCUGUAUUCCAUUGAUUAUACUGGGAAUUUUUGGUUUGUUUGUAAGUUGUUGGGCCAUCAAAAAUGACUUUGACGGGGAUCUUCACUUCAUUGUCUUCUCGCACGUUUUAUUUUUCAUUCUUGUUGCACUUAGAUUGGAGAAUUUUAUUAACUGGAGCUGGAGAAUCGUAUUUUUACCUAGCUGGCUUGCGUUUGCAUUCUUUUUCAUCCUUGAUUUUACCGAAUUCGUCUUAUCCAUCUUCCGCUUUGCCUGUAUAACCAGGUUUCCUGAUUACCGACAACAAUCCCUUUGCAUCAGUGUUGGUUAUUCCAUUUCCCUUCUGCUAAUUACCGCAUCAGGUGUAUUGUUGGCUCUCAAGCUGGACGAUGAUUUGCGUCUUCCCUGUAUAAUUAUUGCUGCCCCUCUCAUGUCAGCCUUGACAGUCUUUAUGAGUCUCUGCUUCUCAGCUCGUCCCCAUUUCCAGUGGCGUCGAUGCUUCCGGAUUCUUUACCGACAUAUCAUUGAAAUGUGCUAUCCGUUACAAGAAUAUGGCAAUAUUUCUUAUAAACUAAGUAGUCUCCAUCAGUCCUCAAUGUAUGACCAAGGCGAGCUGGCCGCCGGAGGCUCGGCUGUUACAUGCGCCCCAAGGGGGAAAGGCCCAAACUUCGUUUGUGGUGGCGAGCGCACAUCGUCCCGCUUCCGCUCGACUAGAUAUGCCGGAUUAGCCGCACGACAAGUCUUGCGUUGUUAA